AUUAAUAAUGACGGAAAGAGGCGAUAAUAUCAAUGAAUUACUUUUAAAAUCAUCAAUUCAUUAUUAUUGUUUAAAUAAAAUGUAUCGUACAAUGGCAUCCAGUGCAUUGGAGGGUAUUCGAAUGUACCUUGGUGAACAAUUAUAUAGAUUUUAUUAUGGCAUAUCAUUGGCAUUUGAAGGUCGGGUUCAAGAGGCCAUCCGUGAACUGGAUCAAUGUCAAUCAGACCGGGAUCUAUCAAUUGCCGCUUAUUUAGCUCUUAUAUAUGCACAUAGAAAAUGCCAGGUCAUAGAUAAGGAAACCGUAGCUAAAUUAGAGAGUAAAGUGCGUGAAAAUCGUAAGCACGCAAACGAUAUGAGCUUAUAUUUUGCUGGCCUUUUCCUAUUACUUUCGGGUAGACUUGAAAAGUCCAAAGAAUAUAUCGAUCGUAUGAUUAAAAUGUCGCCAAAUUUUAAAGAGGGAUUAAUACUGAAAGGUUGGUUGGGUGUGCUCUCCGGUAAUAAUACAGAGAUCACACAAAUGAAUCACUCGGCUAUGAGUUACUUUGAUGUCUCAUCAAAAUCCAAUGAUCCCGAAGUAAUCUUAGGAAAGUCAAAGGUAUUGGAAAAGAAUGGUUCGUUUAUGGCUGGAAUCGAGCAAUUAAAUCAAGCAAUUGUUUUGUAUCCGCGAUUUUUGCCGGCAUAUGUCGAAAAAAUGAAACUCCAGGCCUGUCUUAAGGAUUGGGAACAAGUAGUCGAUACAGCUUUCCGGGCGCUGGCCAUUGAUAAACAUUGUUUAGAUGCUCAACGAUUUAUUAUAUUACACAGUUUGGCCUGGGAUAACAAUGAUGAUCAGGGAUCAUCAAAAUUAUUGAAUUUGAUCCAAUCGUUUGAGAUCCGUGAGCCUAAAAAUGCUGAACUUUACUAUGAAACGGCAAAACUAUUUGCUAGAAUUGCUUUUAGAGACGAAGACGUAUUGAUUCAUACGAUGACUCUCAUAGAAAGGGCUGUAUUUCUGGACCCGACAAACAUUGUCUACGUUUGCGAACACGCCUUCCAGUGUAUGCUCUUAAAUCGUAUGAGUGAUGCCCAACGUCACUAUAAAAGUGCCACAAAAUUAGAUGAAAACAGUAUCGUCGGUCUCAUUGGACUUCUACAUUGUCAGCUCAUCGAAGAACAAACCGGUGUCGAAGAUCAACUGGAAUCGCUCGAAGAGUUUAACAAAGCAACCGGAAUGAGCAAAGAACUGUUAUAUCUUUGCGCUCUAUCGGGUCAACGGAGGAAUAAGUCAAGCGAACAGAUAUUGAAAUAUUUGGAUCAAAUUGUUGAACAACAAAACUCAACGAUGAAAGGUCUGCCUCUUGGCAUUGAAUACUACAUUAAACUGGACCCGGAUCUCAUGAUGAAUGUAACAAAACUGUAUCUACUGUUCUCACCAAACGAACCGAUAAUCGCUGGCCAACCGCUACCGUCGGCGCUUAAACAGGCAAAAAAUAUAUUGCAACCACUGGUCAAUGCCUGUCCCAUACAGAAAGAGCCCCUCUAUUUGAUGGCAAAAGUCAAUUACCUGAGCGGCGACACUCAGGCGGCUAUCAGUUUACUACAGAAAUGUUUGGAUCAGAAUACGGCGUUCAGCGACGGACACCUACUUAUGGCACAAAUAUUAUUGCAUUUGGGAAAUAUACAGACAUCCAGUAAGAGUCUGGAAAUGGCGCUCAGCCAUAAUUUUCAGAUAAGAGAACAAAUUCAUUAUAUUUUGACAAAAGCAUUGGUUUUGAAAACUGAACGCAAAUAUGAAGAGGCAUUAAAACUGUUGAAAUCUGGAUUAAAAAGAAAAUCUCUUUUAUCCCAAAACGACAAAAUUUCUCUUUACUUGCAAAUGGUUGACAUCUAUUCACUAACUGAUCAAACAACUGAAGCCUCCAAAUUGUUGGCUGAAAUGCUUGAGAGUUGUCGGGACACACCCGACGAGGGAAGGAUUAUGAUAGCCAACGCACAGUUAGCUGAGGCCAGGGGUGACAUUGACGCUGCCUUGAGCUUGCUGCGGGAAAUACGUGUGGAUCACGGCGACCACUUUGUCAGGUCGCGUGAAUUGAUGGCUAUUAUCUAUUUAAAGCAUCGUAAGGAUCGGCGCCUGUAUGCCGGCUGUUACAGAGAAAUUCUCGAUAAGAAGCCAACGACCCAAUCAUUCCUAAUGCUUGGCGACGCUUACAUGAAUAUUCUGGAGCCCGAGAGAGCCAUCGAGAUUUAUGAACAGGCAUUGAAAAAGAAUCCGAAAGAUUGGAUUCUAACCCGAAAAGUGGGACAGGCAUUGAUUAAGACACACUUUUACGAAAAGGCUGUUACCUACUAUAAGGCUGCCAUCAAAACUAGCGGCCAGAAUGCCUUCCGAUACGAUUUGGCACAUCUGUUGUAUCGUUUGAAAAAAUAUUCCGAAUCACAGAUUAUUAUUACCAGUGCUCUGGAGAUAUCGCAGACUCAAGAUCUGCAAUCACUGGAAUGGGAGGUCAAACUGAUUCAUCUGUUAGGUCAGGUUCAGCUCAAUACAGAUAAUAAGGGCACAGCCAUUGCAACAUUGAAAAGAGCUCAUCAAACAAAUCAAAAACUUAUGAGACGACUACCCGUUGAACAGCCAGACCAGUUGGCCGAACAGCGGAAGUUCUCUAUUAGUUUAUGCAAACAAUUGGGUGAACUCAUAUCAACUCAUUUAAGAGAUACAAAACAGGCACUCAUUAUCUAUAAGGAAGCCCUUAAUUAUGAUGAGGCAAAUGCCGAUAUCUUGAUGUUGAUGGCAAAGUUGGAAGCAAUGAACCAAAACUAUGAAAUUGCACACAACUAUUGUGUGGCUAUACUGAAACACGCGCCACAUUUGGAUGAACCUGUGCUGAUGAUGGCUGACCUGACAUUCAGACAAAAUGAUUUCGAGGGUGCGCUCAAUCACUUCAAUGAACUAUUGUCCAGAAAGCCGACCUAUUAUCCAGCAAUGAAUAAGCUAAUUGAGACGGCCAAACGUGUCGGACAGUUAGAUAUAGUGCCGGCUGUUCUCGAAAGAGCCGAAAAAUAUUCUCCGCGAACUGUAUUGGAUUCUGGCUAUCAUUACGCCAAAGGAUUGUACAAUUGGUAUACAGGUGAUAACAAUGAAGCCAUGAAAAGUUUUAAUAAGGCCCGACAGGACCCGGAUAUUGGCGUUGAAGUUACCUAUCAUAUGAUCGACAUAUGUAUUAAUCCGGACAAUGAAACUAUUGGCGGCGAAACAUUUGAUACAAUGGUUCAGCUCAGUCCCGGCGAAAGGGACAGCUAUCAAAACGCUGCACUCAAAACUGCUGAUCAAUUGUUAAGUGACAUUAGGAGCAAAGUGAUCGACGAUUUAGAUUUUCAUAUAAUCUGUAAUUUUGUUUUGUUGGCUAAACGACAAAAAAGUGAAGCAGAUCUGGCACUCAAUGAGUUUUUAAAAAUCUUAAACGAUGAUAGAUAUCGGGACAAUGUAGCCGCUAUUUUAGGUGUGUCCACUGCAUUCAUGAUACUCAAACAGACACCAAAAGCACGUAACCAAUUGAAACGUUUGGCCAAAAAUAACUGGAAUUAUCAAGAAGCCGAAUAUUUAGAAAAAUGUUGGCUAUUGUUGGCUGAUAUCUACACUCAAUCGGCUAAAUACGAUAAGGCUAUUGAACUCAUGAAGAAAGUAUUGCUAUACAAUAAGUCGUGUAUGAAAGCCUACGAAUACUUGGGUUACAUAAUGGAAAGGGAGCAAAGUUUUAAGGAUGCGGCGCAUAACUAUGAACUGGCCUGGAAGUUCACCAAUUGUAAUAACCCUAACAUCGGCUACAAACUAGCCUUCAAUUUUAUGAAAGCCAAACGAUAUGUCGACGCCAUCGAUGUCUGUAAAGUGAUUCUCCAGAAAUAUCCUGACUAUCCAAAGAUACGCAAAGAAAUACUAGACAAGUGUCGCAAUUCAUUGAAGACGUGA